AUGAGAGCCCUCCUUUGGAAUUGUCGGGGUGCAGGUAAGCCCUCCUUUGCCCCGGCUUUCCGCAGGUUGGUGCAACUGCACAAACCUGAAAUUUGUGUUUUGUUCGAGACCCGGCUCUCUGGGCAAAACCUUCAGAAGGCCCGUGCGGCGAUACCGAGGUCAUGGGGUUUUUAUGCAGUGGAAUCUCAAGGACUGUCGGGAGGUAUUAUAGUGACUUGGGUACAGGGUGACUACCAAAUUGAUGUUUUCAAUGUUUGUAAACAGGAGGUCAUCUUAGUGAUAUCAGAGGAUAAUCGGAGCCCGUGGGUUUUAGCAGCUGUGUAUGCCAGUACAGACUAUAGAGUGCGGAGGCGGUUGUGGGCGGAGGCGUCUCAGCUUAUCACUCAGGGUUAUCCCAUGUUGGUGGCAGGUGACUUCAACUGUAUCACGGAUCCCCAGGAGAAGAUGGGGGGGAGGGCCUUCACUUAUAAGAGGGAAAUCAGAGAGUUUCAAGAUUUUAUAGCGUCAAAUGGACUGAUAGACUUGGAAUUUUCGGGACCAACAUUCACAUGGUGCAAUAAUCAGCAGGGGCAGACCCGGGUUUGGGAGAGAUUGGACAGAGUCUACGCCACAGCGGGGUGGGCCCAGUGUUUUUUUGACUACCAUGUCCGUCACUUGCCGAGGAUUGCGUCCGACCACUGCCCCUUACUGGUUAGUACCGAUGCAGCUGUCUCUUUUCAUUCCCCUUUUAGAUUUGAGAAGUUCUGGACAUGUUAUCCUCGGUCCUGGGAGAUUGUGAGGGAGGCAUGGAAUGUACCGGUGAGAGGGGAUGCUAUGUAUCGUGUGUCUCGUCGGUUGGAGCUGACAAAAAGAAGGUUGAGAAGGUGGAACCGUGAGGAGGUAGGGAAUAUCUUCAGGAGGAUUGAGGAGUCUGAGGAGGCUAUUGCUGGAUUACAGGCUCAGGAGGCCUUGGGAGGGAGUUUGGUAGAGGAGGAGAUGGGGGAGCUUAGAUCUCUACUAUCCUUACAUGAUUCUCUCUUGAGACAGCAGGAGAUCUUUUGGAGACAGAAAUCGAGGGUGCAGUGGAUCCAGGAGGGGAAUCGAAAUACUAGGUUUUUCCACCAGUCGGCAGUGAUCAGGAGGCAUCGGAACAGGAUCAGGGUAAUUAGGGAUGAGGAUGGGCAGUUAGUGGAGGAUCCAGAUUUGAUUCGGAGGGUGCGGAGGGUUUCUUCUGGGCCAGAUGGUCUGAGCAGAUGGGUACUGGGAGCUCAGGGAGUAUUGUAG